AUGGACAAAGAAACUUUGGAUGAAUUAUGGACAAAUUUAGGAGCACAAUUGGAAGGAACCUCAAAUUUGAUCCAGGAAACCAAUGUGGUAUUAAAUCAAAUUUCCGAAGCAACACUGCAUAACACCAAUCAAAUUUCGGAGCUAAAUUUUUGGGCAAAUUAUUUAGAACAAGCAAGAACUUGGAACUUUAUAAAAAAAGACUUAAUUGAAAACUAUUUAUCAACUUCUCAAUUAACAAUAGCAAAAGAUCGUUUUGUUAACAGACGACAAAAAGAUGAUGAAACUUUCUCAUCAUUUAUUACUGAUAUUACAAAAUACGCAAAACUUUUACAACCUGAAUCUACUGAUUCUAUUUUAACAAAAACACCGGGACGUGCGCGUAAUUUUGAAUACACUAUAUUUAUUAAAGACAAUGAACCAAUUCAUAAGACUCCGUAUUAUCUACCACCUGAUAAAGAAAUAUUACUUAAAAAUCAUAUUAAUGAACUGAAUAUUCAAGAACAUCAUAAACAUUUACAAAUAGUACUAGCGCGUUUUAAAAAACUUAAUCUAACUAUUAAUCCUAAUAAAGCAAAAUUUUUUAUGCAACGUUUGAAAAUCUUAGGACACGUAAUUUCUUCCGAAGGUAGGAUACCUAAUCCUGAAAAAGUAGAAGCAAUUAGAACUAUGCCUAUUCCUAAAAACCUUAAGGAAUUACAAUCAUUUCUUGGAAUGGCAGCCUUCUUCGCUAGAUAUAUACAGAAUUUUAGUACUAUAGUGGCACCUUUAAAUGCCUUAAAAAAGAAAGAUGCUAAAUUCAUUAUAACGCAAACACAUGUGGAUGCUAUUAAUAAACUUAAAACAGUGCUCACUACGGCACCAAUUUUACGAUUUCCUAUUUUUGAUGACAAACAUCCUUUCAUAGUAACUACAGAUGCAAGUUCUAUAGGUGUAGGUGCUUGUCUAAUGCAAAAAUUUGAAAACAAACUACAUCCAAUUGAAUACCGUUCGCGAAAACUUAAUCCAGCAGAAUCAAAAUACCCAGUAUACCAACUGGAAUUAUUGGCUGUUUUACAUGCAUUAAAUACAUUUAAAGACUACCUUUUAGAUCGAAAAUUUAUAUUACGUACUGAUUGCAACGCUUUGGUGUAUUUAUUUAAUACACCACAACGUUUUAAUAAACUUUCCAGAUGGUUAUUAACUAUCUCGAAAUUUAAUUUUACAACAGAACAUAUUAGAGGCACAGAAAAUGUAGUAGCCGAUUGUUUAACUUCACCAGCAGCAGUUUUUUUGGGGCGAACUUGGAAUCAACCAUUGGAUUUAUUACUGAAUACCACCGAUAUUUUGGCUAUGGAAAAACCUCCUAGUGUGGAUAUGAUCCAGCAGGCACUGCAUAAAGCUACUGUAAUGCGAAAAGCACGACAACAUCAAGCUCCAACUGAUGUUAAAUUCCACGUUAAUCAACUUGUACGGGUUAGACUAACACCUACAGCAUCAAACAUCAACGAAGACAGAAAAUUUUCACCUCGAUUCAGCGAUGUUAAAAGAAUCGUCCGUUUUACAACUCCAGUUAGUGUAGAAUUAAUUGAUCCAAAAACUAACGAAUUAACUAGAACACAUGUCACACACUUGAAACGUGCUGAAGUGCUAUAA